UUCAGUCAAAGAUCUGAGGACACUGCUAUAUAAAGAUGCUUUCCUCCAUAAAGAAAAUGUUUUUAAUCUUGGCUGCUGCAUUUAUCUUUCUUUUUAUUUUUUUUACAUUGGUCUUUCAGAAAUUAUAUUUAGUAAAUGCCGUGGUGCAACAUAAAAUUGACUUUGCGGAAUACAAAAAUGAAUUAUUUCACCUCACGAGUAAAUAUGAAAUUGAGAAGGUUUCCACAGAUCAGCAUGAAAAAUCAGCAGCAGGUCCAGAAAUGCCACCUGAUGCAGAAUACAAAACUGAAUUAUUGCACCUCACAAGUAAAUAUGAAAAUGAGAAGGUUUCCACAGAUCAGAAUUACAAAUUAGCUGAAUGUCCAGAAAUGCCACCUGAUUUAGGUCCGUUGGAUAUUAGGUUUGUAUAUAAUACAUCCAUUCUGAAAAUCAUUUCUCAGAAUCCAAAUAUACAGCACGGAGGACGCAGUAGGCCCCAGCAUUGUAUGGCCCAGCAGAAAAUUGCCAUUAUAAUCCCAUUCCGUAAUCGAAAAUCUCAUCUCAGGACAUGGCUGUACUACAUGCACCCGUUCCUGCAGCGGCAGCAGGCAGAUUAUGGCGUAUAUGUGGUGGAACAGAUAGAAGACACAUUAUUCAACCGAGCCAAGCUGAUGAAUGUUGGUUAUGCCAUAGCAUCAAAAGACUAUGAUUAUAACUGUUUUAUAUUCAGUGAUGUGGACAUUAUCCCUAUGGAUGGGAGAAAUCUCUACAGGUGUUCUAAGAAUCCCAGGCAUAUGGCAAAUUCUGUGGACAAAUUCAAUUUUAAAUUACCCUACAGUGACAUCUUUGGAGGAGUUGUAGCAUUCACAAAGGAACAAUUUAUCAAAGUAAAUGGAUUCUCAAAUGUAUUCUGGGGGUGGGGUGGAGAAGAUGAUGAACUAUUCCAAAGAGUGGUGGCUGUGGGACUGAAGGUUGACCGUCCAGACCAAACAAUUGCGAGAUCCAGAAUGAUUUCUCAUCAAAGAGAUCCUGGUAAUGAACGUAAUGGAAAGAGCUUUUCUCUAAUAAACAAAGCGUAUGAACGUCUACAUAAGGAUGGACUGAGUUCCCUGAAAUACACUGUCAUCGGAAUAACCAAUCAUAAACUUUAUACCAAAGUGACAGUGGAUAUUGGGAAUGGAGAAGAUGUUUCCCCUGAAGCCAAUUAGUGAACUAGCUAUUUUUUUACUUACAUUAUUAUGCAAAUGAAAACUGCACUCUGCAAUGCCUUUCUAAUCAUCAGGUGGAUUUUCUAAACAAAAAUAACUGGAUAGAACUUGAACUGUGUCAGUAAACAAGAGUUUCAUCUGCACGUGAAUGAAAUAGAGAAAACCCACAAGGUCAAAAUUUGCUAGACCACAUUGCUCUGUGCCCAUAACACUGCACUUUUCGUUUGACUUCCCAUAACAAAACAAAUAACAUAGUUGUGUUAACACUGUGCCAAAAUGAAGGAAAUUGGCAGGCGCUUCUCAACAAUAUACAAUGCAGCUUUGGAAAUGUAUGGGCUCAGAAACCACAUUUUCAUGUCAAGUCAUUAAGUGGGUUCUUUAUUAAGGUUGUGUUUUCCACAAAAAUUUGAGUUUUUUUGUCAAAAGUCACAUUUUCGGGUUAAAACUUGAAUUUUUCAAGAUUUAUUAUACCUCAACCCUGGAAAUAACUUGAAUCCAAAAAUACACCAUAUAAAACCAGUCAAUGUCAUGUAGGAGUCAAUGGCAGAAGUCCCUUGAACCAUUUGAAGAUGUUAAUAGCCUUCAUGAUCUAGUUUUUUUUUCCGGAAGGUUUUUCCCGAAAACUGAAUCAAUUCAAGAGAUUUGAUAUAUAUUGAUAUGUAGGUACAAUCUGGCCAUUCAUGAUUGAGCUCAAAUGACACUACAGAAUGAGCAAACAGUGGAUGCCUUCUAUGUGGUCAGCUUUCUUCUCCCUUGGUCAACAUGUAAUGUAAUGCAAUUCAAUUCUAAACAAUAACAUAGCUUAAAUAGGUGUCACAUUUCAAAGUUUUUAUUUUCCAUAUGUAUUUGUUUUUAUUGUGUUUUUACCCAAGAGGAGAUACUUCUAUUGAAAGCUGUUAUUUCACAUAAAUGCUCUGGGAAAUCGUUACAUGUAAGACUACAAGAAGCACAAAUAAAAAACAGGAUGAUUGACGGAAGAAACCGUAAUCUGAAUAACUGUAUAGUGUUAUUCAAUGUAACAAGAGUAACAACAGUUGACACAUAAGGUUAGGUAGUUUAGUAGUUUGGUUGUAUGAUUGGUGUAAAGCUGGCCAUAGACGCAAAGAUCUGAUCGUACGAAUCGAGGAUUCAUGCGAUUUUCGGAACAUGUGUGGAGAGUCCCGACAUUUUUCGUCCGGCGGAGAUCGGUCGUUUGGUCGAU